UCAACAUUUACGUUUACUAACAUCUACAGAAUCAAUCUCAACCAAAAUGGAUCUUCAGAAAAUGUUCGAUCAAGCCAGAAAGGAGGUUAAAAUGCAGAAGGCAAUUACUGCAAGCAGCUUGACAGAAGGAAGAUAUUACCAUAUCCAUGGAAUAAGGAUGGUGAAUACGAAGUUCGGGAAGAACUACAUUGCUGAGUUGGAAGAGAAUAUCAGUAUUUGGCUCCCGAAAUCCUUAACCAAGCGAAUGAACGGAGAUGAACUGACAAAAAUUUCAGCAGAGGAUAUGUGGGAACUGGCCUACCUUGGGAGAGAAGAUGCGGGAAAUUACAACUUUGUUAACGUGGAUGUAAGAAAGAAGAGUAACUGAUUCAACCUUUUUGUCUAUUGAAAAAUAAAAGAUUUUGUAAAA